AUGGAAAAGCUCCGCUCCUUCUUCACUAAAUCAUCUUCUGCCUCGCAAUCAUUCCAAAUCCUCUCCGACCUCCAUCUAGAAGUAGGGCAACAAUACUCCAGUUUCUCUAUACCCCCCUCCGCCCCGUACCUAAUUCUUGGGGGUGAUAUCGGCCGUCUGGUCGACUAUAACUCCUACCUUUCCUUCUUAGCCCAACAAACCGCCCAAUUCGAGGAAGUGUUUCUUGUCUUGGGAAAUCACGAGUUUUAUGAGCUUGGCUAUUCGACUGGUCUAGCAAAUGCCAGAAAACUAGAGUCGGAGCCUGUAUUAGGAGGAAAGUUGAUCUUGCUUCAUCAAACUCGCUACGAUGUCCCAAAAUCAUCCUUCUCAAUCUUGGGGUGUACGCUUUGGUCUCAAAUCCCCGAAAGUGCUAGACCAAGGGUACAGACAGCACUCAAUCACUUCAGGAAGAUUGAGGGCUGGACGAUUGAUUCGCAUAACGCGGUUUUCGACACUGAACUGGCAUGGUUGAAAGGGCAGGUUGACAGACAGCAUGAGCAAAGGAAGAUCUUGAUCGUCACACAUCAUGCACCAACUAUAGAAGAAACGGCACAUCCCCAACACGCCGGAAGCGACUUGUCGUCCGCUUUCGCAAGUUCGAUUAUCACUGAUGAAGAUACAACAUGGGAGCAAAGUGACAUAUUCCGGCACACUCACUAUACCAACACUUUCAAGAAGGGUGGUAUCAAAAUCAUGAGCAACCAGCGUGGCUACAUAUACCCACCUGGCAUGCCAGGCACAAGACUGAGAAACAAGAGUAACGAGGCAGACAAAGAGAAGGAUAAGAAGAAAGUGUACGAUGCGAGCAGAGUAGUUCACGUUUGA